AUGUCUGCAGUUUGCAUCCUGGCCCUUAUUCCCCUCGUGAGGCUUCACGACCUCUCGAUCGCGGAGCUGGCCCUUCGUGUCGGAGGGUCCAAGACAGGCCUUUUGAACGCGAGCAUGAGUAACUUCAUCGAAAUCGUCGUCGCGAUUUCUGCUCUCCGAAAAUGCGAAUUGCGCGUCGUUCAAUCAUCGUUGGUGGGAUCGAUCCUGAGUAAACUUCUUCUUGUCCUUGGUCUAUGCUUUUUCGCCGGCGGGAUCAAGUUCUCUGAACAAGGUUUUGAUCCAACUGCGACCCAAAUCCAUUCCUCGUUGCUCAGUAUCAGUGUGGGGGUUCUGCUCCUCCCUGCCGCAUACCAUUUUACCCUUAGUCUUGAGGGUGAGGAUGCGGAGCAUCAAAAGCGAGACAUACUGAGAAUGAGCCACGGAGUCUCUAUCGUUUUGCUAUUCAUUUACAUCUCAUAUAUGGCGUUCCAAUUGUGGUCUCAUAGCCACUUGUACAGCGACCGCCAUAACAAGAAAAGCGCACGGCUCCCUGCGACCCAGAACAUUACGACAGAGAAGGCGGCGGCUUUUUUGAACAAAUCACGCACCAACUUUCGCAACUAUACCAAGUUACAGGAGGCGACGUCAAGCUCAUUCCAAUCGCCGACCAUAAACUCGUAUCCCCCUCCGCGAUCCGGGGGAUCUUCUGGAACGAGGCCCAUGUAUGGCCAACAACGCAGCUUUUCUACCACCUCAAUGGAUGAUACCGGGUCUCGAAUGGCGUUCGGGAGACCGACACUUCGAUUGGUUGACCAACCGAAUGAACAGAGCACCGACUCCACUUUGCCGUUAAGUAUGCCUGGGACUCCCACUACCCUAGUCUCCGCCAGCGCUUCGGGAGAGACACUUGCCGAGUUGUAUGAAUCUCUCCCUUCAUAUCAGCAGCCUGAAGGCACGGCCCGUGACGAGAUGGUCAAGCCUCCCAAGCAGCCCAAACUUAGCUGGUUCUUGACCGUUUUUCUAUUGUUGACUGUGACGAUGGCCAUAGCUAUCACUGCGGAUUGGUUCGUGGAAUCCAUGGACGGAAUCUCAGCACAUGUCAGCAAAGAUUGGGUCGCCUUGAUCGUCCUUCCCCUCAUUAGCUCUGUGGCAGAAUGUAUCACUUCUAUGAGAGUGUCUGUGAAAGACGAACUAAGCUUCAGCGUUGCUGUGGCUAUCGGGUCUACCAUCCAAACUGCAUUGUUUGUAAUCCCGUUCAUGGUAUUGUUGGCUUGGGUGGUCAACAAACCGCUGACAUUGUUGAUGGACCCAUUUCAAUCUCUCGUUUUAUAUCUGUCAGUUCAAACUACAAGUUACGUUGUUGCGGACGGUAAGUCUAACUGGUUGGAAGGCAUGAUUCUCAUUUCUCUGUAUAUCAUCAUCGCGGUUGCAUUUUGGUUUUAUCCCGGCUCGGUUCCCCUCAACUUCCUCGUCAGCUGCAUGGUUGCCGAAACCUAGGAUUACCUCCGCAGGCAAAUCACAUACCCACAUUCUCCAUCUACAACUUCACUCCUCCCUACUCUAGAUACAAGAUACGAGGCAUCGAACUUUAGUUCAUGGGCAUGACAUUUUUUGUGAACCAAUCGAACGAUUCUCUGCUA